AUGGACAACGGGACAGUCACAAACAGCAUUCUCUUUGUGGAGGGACUGAAAGUUACACCUCAGUCUUCCUAUCCUGUUUUCAUCCUACUUCUCUUGGUUUAUGUCUUUACAAUGGGAUGCAACAUUGGACUUAUUAUCCUAAUCUCAACUGAGAGGAAUCUAAAUCACCCAAUGCAUUUUCUGUUCUGUAACUUGCCAAUGAAUGAUAUAAUUGGGACCUCUGUCAUUUUGCCACGCUUACUGCAAGACAUUUUAAGGGAACCCUCAGAGCGCUACAUGACAUAUGUGGAGUGUGUUUUUCAAGCAUAUGUUACACACAUAUUUGCAACUGUAAGCCACACUUCACUAAUGAUCAUGGCCUAUGACAGAUAUGUGGCUAUAUGUAAUCCAUUGCGAUACACAGCGAUAAUGACCAAUAAAAUGGUGGUUAAACUAUCAGCAUUAGCCUGGGGGUUGUCAGUACUUGCAGUGUCGAUUCUGAUAGGACUCACUGUCCGGCUGUCUCGCUGCAGAUAUAAAAUUGAAAACCCUUUCUGUGACAAUGCCUCACUGUUUAAACUGUCCUGUGAGGACAGUGUGGUUAUUAAUAAUUUGUAUGGACUAUUUUCUACUGUUAUUAUCUUUACUUUUUCACUUGGGUCUGUAUUCAUAACAUAUGGAAAAAUUGUGGCAGUUUGCAGAACUUCGCGGAACAAAACACUCAACAGUAAAGCCAUAAAAACAUGUGGCACACACAUAGCUGCAUAUAUAAUCAUGUUUGUUUCUUGUGCCACUAUGGUUUUUCUCCAUCGUUUUCCAGAAUACUCUGAAAACAGGAAAAUAGCUAGUAUAAUGUUCCAUAUUGUACCACCAGGACUAAAUCCUUUAGUAUAUGGUUUACAAACCAAAGAGAUAAGACAAAAGACGGUUAAACUUUGCUGUAGAUACAAAGUUAAUGUAAAGUGA